AUGGACCACUCCCAGAUACUAUCAGACCCAUCUUCAAGUAAUGCGAUCAAUGUCUGUCUUGCAUGUCGGGAGCAGAAACGCAAAUGCGACAAAAGACUGCCGGCCUGCUCUCGCUGCGUUAGGCUAAAACGAUCCUGCAACUACAGCUGGAGUAGUACCGGGCAGAAUGAUCAUAAUGAUAGCGACCCGUCGAGUUUUUUGUCUCGGAUCCUGCAACCGGGGAUGGAGAAGUCCUCCACACUCACCUUGGAGCUCGAUCAACUAUACGUGAGCCUGGUUUUUGAAAACCUAAAAGAACAGAGCAUAUCGUUAGAUCAUGCUUUGGCGGCCUAUUUCGGAAACAUCCAUCCAUGGCUACCUGUUGUUAUGGAGAGACCGUUCCGGAAACGGGUGGCACAACUAGAGCAUACUCCUUCUGCGGAGACAGCCCUCUUGGUCCUCGCUAUAGUUCUCGUGAUGCACAGGGGUGUCCAGAAUGAUCUGAAGUCCCAUUUCUACAACCUCUUUAAAUACCUGUUCUCUUUUCUCCAGCUCCGACGCGCACCCUCCUUGCAACUCGUACAGAGCGGACUGUUACUCGUGCUACAUGAGGCUGGUGAUUCUGAUUCGGGUGCCGCCUCCCUGAGCAUCGCAAAUUGUGCACGCCUAGGAUACGCAUUGAAAUUGGAUACUGACGAUUGGAGUGGAUACACUGACCGGCUAGCUUGGGCUGACGGUGAAGAGCGGCGGAGAGUCUGGGCUGGACUAUAUCUGCUGGAUCGUAUUGUGUAUCAGGUAGUCACCGACUUCAAGGCCCCUCAUACCGUUGCAGACCUAUCAGAUCACUUUCGCCUGCCAGUGGAUGAUCUCAUCCUCGAGCAAUUCCAAGAGGGAGUGCUUCACGAUAUUCCUCAAUUCACCAUGUCUGCCCCGGUUGAGAUUCCACUUUGUUAUUUUGCCCGAGAAGUCCAAUCGGCUCGUCUGUUAGGUCACGUACAGGUCUUUCAACAAUCAAACGAUGUGCAAUCCUUCCCAGUGAAGUUCACUGCACUCGAUACUGCACUGAUCCAGUUUGCGGAGCGCCUGCUUGAGCAGACUCCUCGCGGUUGGGCAGUUUCAUGCGGAGCUAAUGCAAUGACCAUGAUGUGA